AUGUGCAGCAGAGGGCCAGUCGAUGUCCAAUCGGCUAUACACACUCCGAGGCACAAUUUGUUUGGAAAACGGUCGCAGGACUUGACACCCACUCCCCCUUCUGCCGCGAAACGGCCUUGCAGGGUUCCGUUUCUGCCAAACAGUAUCAGCGAGGGCACGAAGGACCACGCAAUCAAGCGGCAGUGGAGAUUGGCGGAGCCAUGUGCAGGGCUGCCUGCGGGGACGCUCACGGAACCAGACGACGACUUGCUCAUCAUCGGGCGGAAGGCUGUCAGUAAGCUCCAUGGAGAGGACUGUAUUCUGGAGGAGCGUGGAGUAGCUCCAUUCCCGAAUGUCGCCCAGGAGGUGCCGCAGGCCGCCAAAGCUGUCGACGAAGGCCAUGACAUGCGGCAUAUGAGUCCAAUUCGUCCAGUUUGCUGUUCCGAGUGCUUCAGGCGACACGGAAAGCGACGUUGGCAGUUCCGUGGAUCGAUCCUUACUGUGGACGUGGUUCGACCUGUGGAUCACACGAAUCAUGAGUCGAUCAGGCCCUUAGCGAAGGUCUGGAACGCUUACUCUGGCAUUGUCCUUACGCUGUGCUGCAGUCUCCAGGCUAUGACAAGCAGUCUGGGUGACUCAGGUCCGAUGAUGAGGAGUCAAGUGGAGCAUGAUUUCUUGGCUUAUCAGAUUGCCCGAAUUGCGCAGGAAGGCUGCGAGCAAGUCGAGGGAUGUCACGAAGUGGACCAAGGCACGUUGAUGGUUUGA